AUAACAUUAAAAAAAAUUAAAGAUUUAAAUUGUAGAAUCUGUAAGGUUUAUUCGGUUAUGCCAAAAAAAAGAAGUUUUUUUUAAACAAUAUGCUGUUGCUUUUGUUUUGAUAGCACAGAUCCUUAGCCUCCAUAGCGUUAAGAAUAAUAAAGACCAUAAAUUAAUCAAUAGUAGCAAUAAAAUUAGAGAAACCCAUAACCUGUAUAACAAGAAUAACCUCAGUAAAAAAAAGAAGUAGAUUUAGCUAUUAAAAGAGACUUCGAUCUCUCAAUAGGUUAAAUUAGUUGGAAAGAAGAAAGAUUAAACGAAGAAGAUGUAAACAAGUAUAAAUAUUGUUGCCCUAUCUGCUUAAUUUAUUUCAAUAAGAUUUUGAAAACUAAAUGCUGUAAUAAUUAUGUCUGCGUGGAAUGCGAGUAUGAUAUUCAUUAAUAAAUGCUCAAUAAAAAGAUUGAGGCAAAGUGCUGGUGGUGUAAAAGCGAUAAAUGCGAAAUCACUGAUGUUUAGGAAGGAGAAUUAAUAAAAAACUAUAGUGAUGCUGCUCAAGAAUUAGAAGAUAAUAAAAAAAAAGAACUCGAACUCAUCAAAAGCAUAAUACAAGAAAGUAGAGUGUAGAGGGGUUGUUCUAUGCUUAAAACUUUUAAAAGUUAUUAAGGUGAAGAUAAGUAGAAUAAUAUGAAUCCAAAUAUGAUAAAAACUAUUUAAUCCUAAUACGUUGAUAAUUUAUCUAACAAUUUAGGAACAUAUAAUAGAAACUAAUGGAAUGAUUUUAAUUUAAAUUAGCAAAGAUUGUAAGAAAGAGUUAAUGAAGAAGAAGAUGAUGAUGGCGAAGAAGAAAAUAAAAUAGAUAUAAUUGGAUUAGGUAGAUAAAAUGAUUAACCAAAAUUUUAUAAAACAGAUACCUUCUAAUAAAAUAAGUAAGAUAAAAAAAUAAUACACUAAUCUUUAAAUAGUCCUAACUUUGCAAGCAAAUCUAAGAAUUCUUCUUUAUGUUUUAAUUAUAAUGGAUAGGCAGUCCCGUUGGAUUAAAUUAACAAUUAAAAUCCUCUUUAUAAUUAAUACAAAAAUAUUGAUAAAUAAGCCAUCUAAAAUCCAUCAGGUUACUUCUUUAAAGAAAAUCAACCACUGCCUGAUAAUAAUCAAAAUAAAAAAUAUUUUAAUAAUUAAUUUCUAAAUUAAGAAGAAGAUCCCUUUGCUGGUGGUCCUAAUAACUCUAUGAGCAAUAAUCAACCUAAUAAAAUUUUAGAAAAAAAUAUCAGCAGUAGUGAUGAUGAUUUAAAUUAAAGAGAAAGUGAUGUAUAAAACCAUUUUUAUGUUCCCUAAAAUAAAAAAAAUGAAAUAAUUAAUAUUAAAAAUAACUAAAAUAACAUAAAAGAUAAUAAUAAUAAUAUUUAAAAUAACUACAGCUUAAGCGAUAUUAAUGAAAGAGAAUGA